AUGGCCUUAAACCGAAUCAAAAGGCUCGGAUCCCUUGUGAAGUCAGUCGCUUAUACCGUGGCAGGCGUUCACAUUGUUACGAACUAUGUUGUGGACGCCACUCUGACCAAGGGGCCCAGCAUGAGUCCUGAGAUUAGCUCCUCGGGAGCUCUCGUUUUCUAUUCGCCUCCGUAUCUCCUCUCAAAGCUGAGGCGGGACAAGCCUCUGUAUCGCAAGGACGAUGUUGUGAUCAGCAUCUCUCCGCUGAACCCCAACAAGCGCAUAUGCAAACGGAUCGUCGGAGUCCCCGGGGAGAUGGUGAGCAACACCAUGAUUCCUCCCGGCCACUUUUGGAUCCAGGGUGACAACAACCAAAAUUCACUGGAUAGUCGCCACUACGGAGCUGUGUCUUCUGGUUUGUUCCAGGGCAGGGUGUUCCUGGUCCUUUCCCGGGAGGACGGGGCUAAGGUCCUGUAG